AACUUUUUCGAAUAGGUUAUGUCGCAAGUUUUUCUGAAAUCUUAUCAAACCUUUUUAUUUGAUUACCUAAUCACAUCAAAGUAGUGUUUGAAGAGAAAAUCACGUUAGUGUCAUUAUUUUACUUAGUUUUUACGUGUACAAGCAAAAUAAUCUUUUUCAAAAUUAGCAAGCCUGUUAAAUUACGGGAAAAGGAACGGCAUGUUCAAUUACUCUGGAAAUCGUUCAUUUUUUAUCGCACGUAAUUCGUGGGAUUAUUACGAGAGCAACGAUGUUUAGUGAAGAUUGUGUUAAAUUCAGUUUUGUCAAAGAUUUCUGGGAAAGUGUGUGCCGGUAAUACGCAGGUGUUGACGGGGUCCCCACAAGAUGCUAUCAAAAGUUGUAACUGUGAUUUAGUAAAUUCGUCAUGUCUACAAUGAAGAACCCUACUUCGUCGUCUUCUAAGGCAUUGUUUAGCCACAUCAAGUACGAGCACCUGGUAGCUGGUAUAUCAGGUGGCGUGACUUCCACACUCAUAUUGCACCCUUUGGAUUUAAUUAAAAUUAGAUUUGCUGUUAAUGACGGCAGGACCGCAACAGUUCCUAGGUAUGAUGGGCUCGGGAGUGCAUUUGUCACUAUUGUUAAGAAGGAGGGAGUGAAAGGACUGUAUAGAGGCGUCACACCUAACGUUUGGGGAUCAGGCUCCGCAUGGGGUUUCUACUUUUUAUUUUAUAACGCAAUAAAAACAUGGAUCCAAGGUGGGAAUGCGCGUACACCGCUCGGUCCUGGCCUGCACAUGCUGGCUGCGGCAGAAGCUGGAGUACUGUCCCUUGUGAUGACCAACCCCAUAUGGGUGGUGAAGACCCGUCUCUGUCUUCAGUACAGCGGGGAACAUCUGGCUGAGCACAAACGGUACAAGGGCAUGAUCGAUGGCCUCAUGAAGAUCUACAGGACCGAAGGGAUCCGGGGACUAUACAGAGGCUUCGUUCCCGGUAUGUUUGGCGUGUCUCAUGGUGCGCUGCAGUUCAUGACGUACGAAGAGAUGAAGAAUAGGUACAACCAGUACAGGAAUCUGCCGAUUGACAUCAAAUUGACGUCAGUGGAGUACCUAACGUUCGCUGCGAUCUCUAAGCUGAUAGCCGCGGGCGCGACAUACCCGUACCAAGUGGUGCGUGCGCGCCUGCAGGACCAGCACCGCAGCUACGACGGCGCCUGGCACUGCAUCAACGAGACAUGGAGACAUGAAGGCUGGCGUGGUUUCUACAAGGGGCUCAAGCCGAGUAUAGUUCGUGUAUUACCAGCCACGAUGGUAACCUUCUUAACUUAUGAGAAUGUAUCGCAUUAUAUGCUAAAUAGGUCGCGCGAAGUAACGCUAUCUACAUAAUUUUAAUACUUUAAUCGCCGUAUGAAAACUUGGAGGCAAAUCCUUCACUACGGCAAUCUACGUGGCGAUUAAGAGCGGUUUCAGAAUAACGUUUUGUACGCUCGUAUUAGCUCGUUUUUGGAAGCUUUACCCUGUAGACCCACCUUUUGUCAUACGUGCGACUAGUACGAGCGUUCGCUUCUAAGCUCGUAUGAGCCAUGAACCACUACUACCGGUUCGAACGCAAACGCCGUAAGCGCGUAUGCUGAAACGCAGAAAAUACGCUAAUUUGAUACCGCCCUAAGUUAUUAUUAAUGUAAGUUUUAAAAUAUGGACGAGAAUAUAAGAAAUUCACGAAGUAAAUAGACGUCAAUUAGCUUUGGAAUGUACCAUCUUAAAUGGGUUUUUAAGGGUCGGUAUGUAAUGCCUCAAGUGGUGUAAGCAUUCAUAGGCCACGGAAAUCACUUACCAUCAGGUGGGCCGUGAGCUUCUUUGCCACCAUCGUAGUGUAAAAAAAAAAUUUUUUUUUAUCAUCUGUGAUUUCAUAGUGACAGUAGUGACAUUUAAGUACAGUGGGCAACAAAACUGUUUACUAUUUUGACAGAAAUUAACAUCGUUACUGUAGUAAAGUUUGAAAGAGGUUUUAAUAUUAUCUAUGUGGUGUUGGUUUUUGAUACGCAAAAACAGAUCUUAUUCUGAGCGUAAGUGAUAUUGCUGGUAUUGUAUAAAUGACGUCUAUUGACUUUGCGUUCUAAAAACGGUUUUUCGAUAUUUUGCAUUUGUCCUUUAGUUGUAUAGUACAAACGUUUCAGUUUUAAUUUUAAUUAUGUUCAACGAUUAUGUUUUAAUGGAAUUGACGACAGUUGUUAUCAAGGAAUGGGUAAUUAUGACGUAAGAAUUGGCAAGUUUUAUACAUUUGUGUAUAAAAUGAAUUAUAUUACGCUAAACUGUUAUAAAAAGGUUCAAAUUGGUUAACAAAAUUAAAGGGUAAAAAUGGUAACUGGGUUUUAAUAAUAUUUAAAAAAAACACCCGCUAGAUGGCACCGUUUUAUUUAUGGUUAAGUCAAAUGGUACGUUAAAAAUGACUGGUGUAAUUUCUUGUGUCGGUAUUUUGAAGUUAGAGCCAAAAAUAGAAAUUGCUAAAAUACUUACAUAACUUCACGCCUGUCUACCAUGGGGGUAGGCAAAGACUAAGGAAUGCCAAUUACUACGAUUCUGACAAACCUAAAUUGCUAAAAUCAGAAUGUAUUUUACGGAAACGUCAACUUAUUCAACUUCAUAUCAUCCAUGAAAAUCUAUCUGAAUUCUAAACGAAACUGAGAUAUCUUGACACAAAACUAGCGCCGCCUAGCGGAGUGAUUAACAACUAAUUUUUUGACUUCUCAGUCUGUAUAUAGCUUUCUUUACUAGAAUUAUUUAUAAGUAUCUUGUAUAUAGAUGAAAAGAGUGCUUCAGAGAACGGAAAUAAAGUAGGAUUAUAAAUAUUCAAUACAUUAAGUUGUUAUAGACUAUUUUUAUAGAAGCUUGGGAGACUCUA